AUGCAAGAAAUCAAUUAUGAAUACGAUCAGUAUAACACUGAAGAAUUUUUUAGAGAUGAAGAUGAACUUGAAAUUUUGAUUAAUCAGUUACCUGAAAAUGAUUAUUUAAGUGCCUCCGAAUACAUUUGUAUUGAAGAUACAGUUGUUGUGGGAAGUCUUACAGAUGAUGAUAUAUUGGAAGCG